AUUUUAGACGAGCCACACGCAUGCGCACUCCCCGGAUCCACAUAAAACAACCCUAGGUGGGCAUCUUGCGCUGAUCUGGUGCUCUGCAAUAUAUCAUCGACUGAUUCACGGUAAUUGAUCACCAUCAGUAUGGCAUCCAGUGGAUAUGUGCAGGCAGCGGUGCUCCUUCUGGCGGUGCAGCUCCUCUCUCUCGGUGCUGCUGAUGCGGACCAGGAGACCGGGACUGUCAUCCCUGCCGAAAGUCGCCCAUGUGUGGACUGUCACGCGUUUGAGUUUAUGCAGAGGGCACUGCAAGAUCUAAAGAAGACCGCUUUCAACCUUGAUGCCAGGACGGAGACGCUGGUGCUGAGGGCGGAGAGGAGGGCUCUGUGUGACUGUAUGACCACCAACUCACUGCGCUGAGCUCCAGUACACCGAGGACACUUCCACCUGCCAUCACAUCCCCCCGACACACUGACAACAACAACAACCCUGUUCUGAAACCUCUAAUUUCAUCUUAACUUAUAGGCACUUUAUUUUAUUUUCUCUCAUAUCUCUGUUGAGUGGAGCUUUGAUUUGACGUCAUGCAUCAUAAGGGAAAGUUAUUGUUUUUGCCUUAUUUGGGACAACUUUUAUACCACUGAUGUUUUUACAUUGUGUCUCCAUCAUCACAGGAUUUGGGUCGGUUCUCAUGCGUCUCCUGAAGCAUAAACUAUUUUUUGUACUUUUUAGUAUUUUGACUGAAUAAUGUAGAUACAGUAGAAUGCAUCGGUAAACUUACUUGUUGAAUGUGUUGUACGAGAUUAAUGUUUACGACGAUUAUACACAUUAAACUGUAGCAUCACAUGGAAUUUAUUUAAUUGCUCUGAAAAAAAAAAAAUGUUUUAAUUAGUUAAAUUAACUUUAGGAAUCAGUAAAAGUUCACUGAUCAGAAUGAAUUGAUUUGAGCCUGGUUGGGUGACUUAUUAAAGAAGACUUUCUUUGUCAUAACCAUGAUGUUUUUUAAAGGAAUGAGCAGAAAGAAAUGUGUUUUCUUUAGUUUCAUCAGAAGUUCAACAAAUAUUAUUUUCAGACUUUUCGAGGCAGAAAAAAGUAUACUUGUAGGUCUUGAUUUAGCACAGCACUGUAGCAUGAAUUUACAGCACUUUUUGUUAAUCUACUGUUAAUAUAGAUUGUAUGUAUAGAUUGUAUAUGUACACGGUAAAUGUAAAGGAGUCUACAGACUGUCUCCUUUGUCUGACAAAGGUGUAUGCAAGAAUAGUAUUGAACGAUAUUAAAUGAACUGCAAUAUCGGCAGAGGAAGAGGAGGACGUGUAGAGGAAUGCUAGCUGCAGCAGGGCACAUAGAGAUAGAAAUAACAAUUGUCUUUAUUGUUGCUUGUUCUUGAACAGUGUACUUUGUUAACAUUAUGUCACAAGAAGCCCCUUUUAUUGUCUUAAUGUUGUACCUAUCAAUAAAAACAAU